AAAUUAUUGUAAUGUAAACAAAUAAGGGGAUAAAAUUUUUAAGUUGAAUCAAAAUUAUAAGUAUGCCCUUACUCCAGUACCCAAUACGUCUGCCAACAAUACAAGAAUCGCACAAAAAAUGGAUGAAAAUGCUGGAAGAAGCUCAGACCCUUGUGAAAGAUGAUCAAGACUUGCAGGUGAAAUCAGCAGCUGGGUUUUGGAUUAAAACGAGGGCACUCCCCCCAGAAGUGCUUGGUAGACUGUACACCCAGUACUGUGUGCUCAUCAACAACAUGUACGACGCCUACCUCGUCAGCGUGCAUCUUCAGCGAGCUCCUUAUAUCCUGGAGAUCAUAAGCAUCCUCAUGAAACGGUUAUACGAACUACGCAACGAAUUGGUGCACCUCAUUGUGAAUGACUACAUAUACGUUGAUGAAGCCUUGAUUCAGUCGGCAAAGACACCGUUUGAUAUUCAGAUAGUUGUCCCUUAUCAUGUACCCCUUGAGUGCAGAACCGAUUCGAUGGAGACUUUUCUGCAGAGAAUGUGGCUGGAUGCUGAGAUCAGGAAGAAUAAUCCGAUACAGAAAGACGAAAGACAUACACCUGAAGAGGAAUUUUUAAUGAGAAUCGCAUCUAGCUCAGACACAAAAGUAGUUGAGAAAGCGCCAAGCGAACCAUUGGUGAUGCCUGAAUCUUAUAUCCAAGCGGUGUAUAUCCAGAAGCAGGAGAGAUUUCGGCAAUUCUUCAUUGUUGACUUCAAAGCCAAAUGCAACAAAAGGAAGACAUUUUUCUUAGACCCGGACGCAGAAGCUCCUCUUGAUUUGCGUGAGAAAGCUGCUGCUAGAAUUCAGUUUAUAUACCGAAGGUUUAUGGAAAUAAAACGCCAGCGAGAAUUGGAGAUCAAAAGAGACAUACUUCUUGGUAUAAUUAAGGAUCCGUUUAAGAAAAGAUUGAAUUUAGAAGAGGAGAAUAAUAAGAUGUACGAACGCAAACGAAUUGUUCAAGAGAAUAUUAAAGAAACGUACAUGAGACAGUUGGAGCGUGACAGAGAUAGAUUGAUAGUGUUGAAACGGGACAACCAAAUUGAUGACAUCACAGACCAAGUCCGAAGCUGGCUUAAGGAAUGGUAUUAUGGCUAUGGGUAUUUCCCUGAAUACCCAUACCCGCUAGAAGGUGGUACAGUUGUUGUCAUCAGGGGGGACUAUCCCACUAUCGAGGAGAAGAUAGAAAUGGAUGAGAAAUACAUAGCCCGUACCAAGGGUAAGACUAAGGAGCAAAUAAAAGAAGAAAAACAAAAGGCCAAGUUGGAUGAAAAAAUGAAACAGCUGGCCGAGAGAGACAAGGAGAGGAAAGACGGGGAACAACUGUUCAAAUUGAGGUGCAACCCUUUGACAGAUCCAGGGUAUAAGCCGACGAAAUCCCAUGUAAUAGGUGAUGUUGUAGAGGUAUUACAAAAGUACUUCGCAGCGUGGUCUAUAUAUGACAAGUUUCCACCGAACCACCCGGAGACUGUUUACGGAUACAUGGACCAAGUACUGACCGAAGAUAUAAUGGCGCAGAUGCAUUUGGACUGCAGGAAGAUCGUCGACGAAAUGAUGAGAUUAGAACUUAAAGUUCUAAACAAAGCCCAGCAGCAUAUGUUCAAAAUAAGCGGUUUGAAGAUGCCCAAGCUGGAACCAAGAAAAAAGCCGCAACCGUUAAAGAAACCACCGAUGCCCAUGAUUUUGGAUGACAAACUAACGCAUGAGUUAAAGGAGCUUUUCGAUCUGCAGCUUCUCUCGAAACCACAGUCGAAGAUUAAAGAUAUUUUCGGUGAUUACAAGUAUGCUGCCUACGAUUUUAAUAUCAUGGACCCUAUUGCCAAGUUCCCACCUCCAGGCUAUGGUGAUGUGAAGCGACGACUGACCCUAUCAUGUGUUUUCGGUCUGGGAAUUCAACCCGGAGCACCUAGAAACAAAGCAGUGCUGCUAGUUGGACCAGAGAAGAAUGGCAAGUCGUUCCUAGCUGACACUGUUGCUGGGGAAGCUAAUGCAGUAAAAAUAGAUAUAAGCCCUGAAGUGUUUAGUGCGAAGACGGGGACGCCUGGUAAAUUGAUGACAACAGUGUUAGUAGCAGCGAGACUGUUCCAACCCGCAAUAAUUUUUAUGAAGAAUAUCGAACGGGUGUUUAGAACUAAGGUUCCGGCUGAAGAGAGAUAUUUAAUGGCGAAGAAUGUGAGGAAUCCAUUAGUUAAGCUAAUUAAACAAAUUAAUGAAGACGACAAAAUUAUGUUCAUAGCAACAUGUACAAACCCGUUUGACAUCCAAGCGAAGCCAAUGGUGUCGUUGUUCAACGAAAUGCUACUUGUGCCAAGAACUGACUAUAACAGUCUCAGAGAUUUCUUCUACGAGAGUUUUCAGAGAAUGAGAAGUAUGCCACGAGAUUUCUGCGUGCAGGAGUUGGCACAAACGCUGCAAGGAUUUGGAUUUGGCGCUAUUGUUGAAGUGUUCCACCGUGUUAUGACUGCAGAGCGGAUCGUCAGGAGUAUCAGAAAUACAUGGACUUCGUUGUGAAUAAUUCACCAUUGGCAAAAGAGAAGCGCG